AUACAUUGAUGUAUUAUACCUUGCCCAUCUACCCAUAACUAAAUAGGCCUACAGUCUUGUCAACUUUCCUCACUGUGAACAUAUUUUAUGCUUAUGCACCCCUCUUGAAGCCAUGCCGCGCCUCUCCCUGAUAUUCUCGUGCCUCCUCGCAAGCGCAUCGGCCUGGAGCCAUGUAUCCGAGUCUGGCUUCCGCGAAGCCCUAGCCAGCAACGAUAUGAGCCUGUCGUCGCAUGAACCACCUAGCAAAACCCUCGAAUCCGAAUGGGUAACCCUCCAGCAAACCGAGCCUCGCGCUCUAUCCGUCGACUGUCUUGACCACGCCCAACUAUGCGCCGAACUCGACGUGGCCUCCUUUCCCGCCAUUCGUCUUUACGACCGCGACGGCACGAUCCGUAGAUACCGCGGUCCCAAGAACGCUAAAUCCAUCUCCGCCUUCCUCAAGCGCACAGCCCGACCACCAGUCUCAGACGUCGACGAAUCCUCCGUCACCGAAUUCCUAUCUUCCGACGACAUCGUCUUCGUCGCGCGCCGGGGCGACCACGACGAUACCACGCACCUCGACUCCCGUUACCGCGACAUCGCGUCGCGGUAUAGCGACCGCUACACCUUCGGCACCGUCCCAACGGCGCCGGGGCCGGCCUUCGAGUCGCCCUCCGAAGUGGUGUCCUGCUUCAACAACCGCGACGGUCUACGUCAUGCCCUUUCCGAGGCGGAUCUCGUUGACGCGACGGCCCUCGAAAGCUUCAUCCACCGCUGUUCCGCCCCUCUCGUUCCAGAGAUGACGCGCCGGAACGAAAGGGACAUCCUCUCUAACGGCAAGAGCAUCGUCUACUUCUUCUCCCCAUCCGAAACGGCCCGCGAGUCUCACGCCGUCGCCAUGCACGCGCUGGCUAUCAAAUACGCCAAGUUCCUCACCUUCGUCACCGUGGACUCGGCCCAGUACCCCGAGAUGGUGGCCGGCAUGGGACUGUGCGGAGGCGCCGCAGGGACGGGCCUCAGCGUACAGAACCCCCAUGUGGAACAGAUAUUCCCCAUGCCCGAGUUGUCGGAUCCGACGUCCGUCCAGCCUGAUGAAGUGGAGAGAUUCAUCGUGGAGAUUUCGCAGGGCAAAGUUGCGCCAUGGGAUGGAAAGAUCGGGGGAGAAGAGGAUGACGAUAUGGAGGAGGUGGGAGCACGAGGGGUAAACGAGGGGUCGGCAGAUCAGGGGCACGAUGAGCUGUAGAAAGAAUACGUGUCGCUCAUGGGAACAGUUCCGUGCUGUUGUAGACGCCAAAUAAGUAUGCAAAAAGAAAUCAUCAUCAUAUUGCCUGAC